CUUUAUCUAAUUUAGCAUCGAUAGAACGCCGAUCUGACUUACAUCGACAUUUCGAUUCUUUAUCGUAUGAGGAGUUAAUUCGACUAUGCGAACAUCUCAAUAUUCGAACACAAAAACUGGCAGGCGAAGGAUCUUACGAUAAAGAUUUUCUUGUGGAAGUUUUGAUCACUAAAUACGAGAAGAGAAAAAGUCAGAUUGAUAUGAUCAAUUCGACACCUUUAUAUCCUGAUGAAAAUGCACUAUUUGAUGACGCAGUUGUCAAGACGCAAUUCUAUUCGGGCGAAACUCCGUUGGCUCUACCAAAGCUUAACCUACAGUUUCUCACUAUUCAUGAUUACUUGUUACGUAAUUUCAACCUAUUUCGGCUUGAGAGUACAUAUGAAAUCCGUCAAGACAUUGAGGAUGUUGUUAAACGUUUAGCGCCACGCAUAACGUAUCCUAUCGGUAAGACAGAAUUUACAGGAUGGGCUCGUAUGGCUGUAGAGAUUGAUCGUUUCAGUGUUGUAGAGGUUGGAAAGCCUAACCUCGGAGAAGAGCAUCCAUCCCUUGUCAAAGCUGAUAUCACAUUCAAUAUUGGUCGAUACACGGAAUCAAUUCGUAAUGAAUGGGAUUCUUUGAAGCAACACGAUGUUUUGUUUCUUUUAACCAUUCAAGCGCAUGAUGAAACUGGUGAAAAAUACCGGGAUGAUAUGCCAUUCAGACAGCAUUUUGGCUUGAAAUAUGUAAGAGGGUGUGAAUUGAACGAAAUUAUUGGUGAUGAUGGUAAGCCAAUCGAUGAAGUUGGCAAGCCUCGUAUUGACGACCGAAGACCUAAAAUUUCCGGUAACGUGAGAACAUUGCGUGUACUUUUAGAUACUAAUCAGUAUAAGAUCGAUAUGGACCGAUAUUCUCGAGAAAAAACCGAAGACGUAUAUGAGACUUUCAAUGUGUUGAUGAGGCGAAAACCAAAGGAAAACAACUUCAAAGCUGUACUUGAGACUAUUCGAGACUUAAUGCAAAGUGAACUGGUGGUACCUGAUUGGUUGCAUAAUGUAUUCUUGGGAUAUGGCGAGCCAGGAAGUGCUCAUUAUAGCAGGAUGCCUAACCGACCAAAGGAAAUCGAUUUUCGCGAUACUUUUCUCGAUUUCGAUCAUCUUAAAGAAAGUUUCCCAAAUAUGAAAAUCGUACCAGCAGAAGGUCAUAAAAAGUCCAUUUCUCCACCAUAUAUUCUUCAAUUUCCUGAGUCUUCAGAUUCCCAACCGACAAAAAAACGUAAGGCAGGAAAGGAAAACGAGACACCAAAAAAAUCUAAAGCGAAAGAGAAUCAGAUUAUUGUAAGAACUUAUACUAUGCCCAAUAUGGGUCCUUAUCCUUUUAAUCAGCCUCGAAAGAAUACAAUUAGGUUUACCCCGAUACAAGUGGAGGCUAUUCGCGCGGGAACUAAUCCUGGGCUAACGAUGGUAGUUGGUCCCCCAGGCACGGGUAAGACCGACGUCGCAGUUCAAAUAAUUGCCAACUUGUAUCAUAAUUUUCUGGAUCAACAUACACUGUUGGUUACUCAUAGCAAUCAAGCUCUAAAUCAAUUAUUUGAGAAAAUAAUGGCUCUUGAUGUCGAUGAACGUCAUUUACUGCGAUUGGGUCAUGGGGAGGAAGAGCUUAACACUGAAUUGAGUUUCAGUAAAUAUGGGCGUGUUAAUUCUUUUUUGGAAAAACGACUGGCAUUAUUGGCAGAAGUUGAUCGUCUUGCCAGUUCCUUGAGCAUCGGUGGCGAAUAUGGUUAUACCUGUGAGACUGCUGGAUACUUUUAUUUAUAUCAUAUAUUAUCAAGAUGGGAACCAUAUAUAGACAAAUGUCGUCAACGAAUGCAUACCGAGGACGAAAAUGUAGACUUUAUUAAAAAUAAUUUUCCUUUCACUGCUUAUUUCGCCAAUGCACCACAACCACUUUUCCCGUCUGAAGCCAAUUACGCCGAGACAUUAGAAAUAGUAGAAGGUUGUUUCAGACAUAUCGAAAAGAUAUUUACCGAAUUGGAAGAGAUCCGUGGGUUUGAACUAUUACGAACAAGUUAUGAUCGAGCGAAUUAUCUUUUAACUAAAGAAGCGAAAAUCAUUGCGAUGACAUGUACACAUGCCGCUUUGAAGCGACGUGAACUUGCUACUUUGGGCUUUAAAUAUGAUAAUGUGGUGAUGGAAGAAGCAGCGCAAAUCCUCGAAGUGGAAACAUUCAUCCCAUUGCUUCUUCAAGAGACCGAGGAUGGUCGAAGUCGUCUAAAGAGGGUUAUUAUGAUUGGGGACCAUAAUCAGUUACCCCCUGUUGUGAAAAAUAUGGCCUUUCAACAAUAUGGGAAUAUGGAACAGAGUUUGUUCACGAGAUUUGUGAGGCUUAAUGUUCCUACGAUUGAUUUGGAUUCUCAGGGUCGUGCUAGAUCUUCUAUUGCUGAACUGUAUAAUUGGAGAUAUAAAAACUUGGGUAACUUACCUGUCAUACACCAGCAACCUGAAUAUCAAAAAGCGAAUGCAGGAUUUACAUAUGAUUAUCAAUUAAUAAACGUGGAAGAUUAUUUGGGCAAAGGGGAAACAGAACCAGUGCCAUAUUUUUACCAGAAUCUCGGUGAGGCUGAAUAUGUAGUCGCUGUUUACCAAUACAUGCGAUUGUUAGGCUAUCCAGCUGAUCGGAUCACUAUCCUUACAACAUAUAACGGACAGAAAGCGUUAAUACGUGAUGUACUAAAAAAACGAUGUUCGUGGAAUCCGUUAUUUGGAAGACCUGCAAAAGUAACGACUGUAGAUAAAUUCCAAGGACAGCAAAAUGAUUAUAUACUUUUAUCUUUGGUUCGUACCAAAUCAGUCGGCCACAUUCGAGAUGUGCGGCGUCUUAUAGUAGCAAUGUCUCGAGCACGCCUCGGCUUAUACGUGUUUUGUCGACGCGCAUUAUUCGAGAAUUGUUACGAGUUAACGCCGACGUUUAAUAAAUUGUUGGAACGACCUGAUAAGUUGAACUUGCGAAUAAAUGAAAUGUUGCCUACCGAUAGAGAUGUGGGAGAUUACAGCGAACCAUACGAGAUUACAGAUGUGACCCAUAUCGGACAAUACGUCUAUCAAAUGAUGCAAGAACAGUUGCAGUUUGCUAAAGAACAGAAAGCAAAGAUUGAGAAAGAGACGGCUGGAGGCGUCGAGAAAGAUACAGAAAUGAAAACUAUGGAUGAAAGUGAUAAAGGAUUAUCUUCAUCAAGUAAUAGCAAACAAUAA